UCCAACUUCCUUGGCUACGUCAAAAACUGUCGGCAGACCGACUUUUUUCAGUAUACGUAACUGUUUUUCUUCGGUGGUUGUGCUAUCGGAACCUGAAGUUUCACGUCGGCGCCGUCGAAUUUAAACCACCGUCAACAAUGCAGAUCCGCCGUGGGUACUUGUGGAAUAUGAUAAUGUUGGUGAAUUGUGUAGUGGUGAUCAGGAAGUUUCUUUUGGUUGAAUCAGCUCAGCUUCCAAACCGUACGUUGGCUUCCCAUUGGCUCCCCGCCACCGCCACCUGGUACGGCAGCCCCGAAGGCGAUGGCAGCGACGGUGGAGCAUGUGGGUACGGUAGUUUGGUGGACGUGAAGCCAUUCAAAGCGAGAGUAGGGGCAGUGAGUCCAAUCCUAUUCAAGGAUGGGGAAGGGUGCGGCGCGUGCUACAAGGUCCGGUGCUUGGACAGAGCCAUAUGUUCCAAACGGGCCGUUACCAUAAUAGUAACCGACGAGUGUCCGGGUGGGUACUGCGCGAAUGGCCGCACCCACUUUGACCUAAGUGGUGCCGCCUUCGGACGUAUGGCGGUGGCAGGUGCCGGUAGCCGUCUCCGAGACCGAGGCGAAUUGAGCGUCGUGUACAGACGGACUCCAUGUAGGUAUCGAGGAAAGAAUAUAGCGUUCCAUGUGAAUGAAGGUUCUACAGAUCAUUGGCUUUCGCUUUUGGUGGAGUUCGAGGAUGGAGAUGGAGAUAUUGGUUCUAUGCAAAUCAAACAAGCAAAUUCAAAUGAGUGGAUGGAAAUGGCACAUGUGUGGGGUGCAACAUGGUGCAUGAAUGGAGGGCCUCUAGUUGGUCCAUUUUCAGUGAAGUUAACAACAUUAUCCACAGCCAAAACUCUCUCAGCCAGAGAUGUUAUCCCAAGGAAUUGGUCUCCAAAGGCAACUUACACUUCUAAAUUGAACUUCAACUAAAAAUUAAACCCUGUUACUUUUUAAUAUAAAGUCCCUAAAUGUGAUCAUAUACUAUAUGAAAAUAUAUUGUCAUUUUCUUAGAUUUAUAUCAUAAUGUAGCCCUCUCCAAAGGGAGAGAGAGCGUCUUUUUUGUAAUCUUUGUAUCCACUUUGUGUAAUGCUCUAUGUUGCUAGCUAGCUUGUUUUUAGAUUAUAUAUGAAUGUGUUGAAAAACAAAAGUUGGAGUCUUUUUUGGAAUGUUACAUAUUGUCAUAAAUGUAAUAUUAUGGACAACUUAGCAUUAUAA